AUGCCGCAUUCUCACCACUCUCACUCGGGGCAGUUCUGUGCUCAUGCAACAUGUACUCUCGAGGAAAUGGUCCAGCAGGCCAUCUCCCUCAAUAUGGACGCUUUUGCUUUGACAGAACACAUGCCACGAGAUGCCGCUGACCUGUACCCUGAAGAAGUCGAUGCGAAGAAACUCGUCGAAAUGUUUGAUGCCUACUAUCCCGAAGCCUUGCGCUUGCGUGAGAAAUACGCUUCGCAGAUCAACAUCUUGAUCGGUUUCGAAUGCGAGUGGAUCCGUCCUUCAACUCAUACCAUCAUCAAAGACUUGCUCAGCCGCUACAAGUUUGACUUCUUCGUCGGUAGUAUACAUCAUGUUCAUACCAAACCAAUUGACUAUGAUCACGAUAUGUACUAUGAGGCUAGAAACAUUGCUGGUGGAUCUGAUGAAGAUGUCUUUGCUGCCUUCUUUGACGAGCAAUAUGAUAUGCUCAAGUCUCUGAACCCUCCUCUUGUUGGCCACUUCGAUCUCAUCAGACUGAAGAGUGAUGAUCCUGAGCGUGACUGGACCACCAUGCCAGCAGUCUGGGAGAAGAUUGUCAGGAAUCUCGACUAUGUCGCUGGCUACGGUGGAAUCCUCGAGCUCAACUCUAGUGCCAUCAGGAAGGGCAUGUCUGAGCCAUAUCCCAAGGCUGAGGUUUGCAAGGAAUUCAUCAAGAAGGGAGGUCGUUUCGCUCUUUCCGACGACAGCCACGCCACCAGUCAGGUAGGCUUGAAUUUCUCAAAAGUGUUGUCAUUCAUCGAGAGCACUGGCAUCGACAAGGUCUAUUUCCUCACAUCAAAGACGGACAAUUCAUUCGACACGUCAUCUGCCAAACCGCUUUCUCUGGAUCAGCUGAAGAAGCACAAGUUCUUCGUCUCUAAGCCUUGA